GAAUCAAGCUAAAAUAUUUUGUACAAGCCAUUAAAAAUGAUUCUGGAAUAAUCUAUUUAUAUUGAAGAGGAUCAGUCAAAAGAAAGCAAAAGGAAGAGCUUAGAGCAUAAAUAGUAUAUUAAAGUAUUUGAUGUGACUUAAGAAUUUAAUCUUGCUUUAGUACCACUUAUUCUGGAAUAUUGUUAUAUAUAAAUCAACAGUAAGCUUAAGUUUAUAUUACAUAGCAAUUAAGUAGAAUUGCAAACAUUGCAUUUCUGUGGAAUAGAAUUGCAUUGGUGAAAAAAUGAAGAGUUGUGAAGAAUGGAAACCUUUUAUGAUAAUGAUAGCAAUUGAUGUUUCUUUUGCUGUUGUGAAUAUUCUUCUCAAGAAAGUCCUUGAUGAAGGAAUGAACCAUUUGGUUUUUAUUACAUACCGUCUUUCUAUUGCUACUAUUUUCGUCGGCUCAAUCGGUUACUUUAGAGAAAGAAAUAGUAGACCGCCGCUCACAUUUCGAAUUUUAUGCUACCUCUUCUUCAGUGCCAUUGUUGGAGCAUCAGUUACACAAUACUUCUUCCUCCUAGGGAUUCAAUAUACUUCUGCUACAUUUGCUUGUGCCUUUGUCAACAUGGUGCCUGUGAUCACUUUCCUAUUGGCAUUGCCAUUUGGAUUAGAGACAGUGAACAUCAAAUGCAACAGUGGAAGAGCCAAGAUUCUUGGUACAUUGGUCUGUAUACUUGGUGCAUUGAUGUUAACACUUUACAAAGGAAAGGGUCUGUUUAAUUUUUCUCACCAUCAAUCUUCAGUGAAGUUAACAUCUACUAGAACAUCAGAAAAAUGGACUAUUGGUGUAAUAGCUUUGAUUUUGGGAACUCUAUUUUGGUCUUCUUGGUUCAUUUUACAAUCUAAAAUAAGCAAAAGAUAUCCAUGUCAGUAUUCUAGCACAGCAAUCAUGAGCUUCUUUGGUGCCAUUCAAUCUGCUGUCAUUUGCUUCUUCAUUGACCAUAACUUGUCAAUAUGGGUUCUCAGAGGAAAUAUACAAAUAAUUGCAAUUUUGUAUGCUGGAAUAAUUGGAUCAGGAUUGUGUUUUGUUGGUAUGUCAUGGUGUGUGAAGAAGAGGGGUCCAGUCUUUACUGCAGCAUUUAGCCCUUUUGUUCAAAUAAUGGCUGCCAUGAUUGAUAUCCCUGUCUUACAUGAACAGCUCUAUCUUGGAAAUGUGAUGGGAUCGAUCUUGGUGAUGAUUGGAUUAUACAUUCUUCUAUGGGGUAAGAACAAAGAGAUGAAGAAUCGUUUGAUUAAGUUAGGAGAGGAAGCUGAAAAAAACAAGGAACAAGAGCCACAACAACCUCAAAUACAACACUUGACUGUGUCUUGUGAAUCAAGGUGUCAAUAACACUUACACAAGUAGCAUUUGUAUGUAUAUGCUAAGAAAUUAGCUCAAUUAAGUUUGUAUUUACUUCAAGGAUCGAUACACCAAAAAAAAUGUGUAAAAUAACAUGUUAUAUGAUAUGAAAAAUCAACCUAGCUUCUCUAUUAAAGGCUAGUAUAUACUUUUUUGUAUUUUUAAAUAAAUAAAAGAGAAUGAGUGAAAUAAGUUAAUUAGUAUACAUGAAAUGUUAGUGGAAAGAAAAAAAAAAUGGAAGAAUUGUGAAGCAAGAAAGAUAUAAAAUUGUGGCAUAAGUGAAACAAUGAAAGCAAGCAAAAAAUGGCUAGUUCCUAACCAUUCAAAUUUCAAUGAUUCACUA